ACUUAUAAAAAGCUAUAUCCUUCUUUUCACUGUUUUAGAUGGUAUUAAAAUCAAUACGAAAGAUGCUUGAACAUGGUCGCAAAUAUAUAUCUUUUGCCUACAUAGGUACCUUAGGUAUCUAGCUAAAGUACUUACAUGCAUACUACAUACAUGUAGGUACCUGAAUGUAUACAAUGCAUUUAAUCAUCCCCAGCUUAAAUGAUUUAGAGUUCCUCGGCUGUUCCUACACUAUAUAGUAGCCUAAAGUCUUCAUAAGCUUGUAAUGUUGAAGGGCGCAUACGCAUUUUGAUGGGAUAGCAUAUUCUAAUAUUUAACCGACAUCAAACUACCUAACGCAAGGCACACGGUGAGUGUGCAUAAUAUAGCUGCAAGCAGGGCCAAUGGGUUUACUAUCUUAGCUGGCCGAGUUAACCGUAUUACAUGUAGUGUACCCCCUAUGCACAACAAAAGCGGAACAGGUGGGCUGUGAGGGACUUGGUUGCAGGCAAAUAAUGGUGCCUAAGGAUAUCUGCAUACCCAAGUCCUGAACAUUAGAAAUGGGAUUCGAUGCCCUAUCAAGGCUAAAAAGUGCUCGAGUAGCCACGGAAGAGUAUCUUAAAGAGAAAUGGGAACACAGAAAAUCGCAAAGUUCUUCGGAGAUAGAGGAGGAUGUAGUCAAAGCCGAAAAAGAACGGCGUCGGCGGGAAAAGAGCGAGUUCCUCAACCUGGUUUUGGCGAAGAUUACUAGGGACUCAGCUAUCGGGAUGCCGCCGUUGCAGUGGAAUCUGAUCGCGUCUCGUAGGGCCGUUUUUUUAAUCACCACACUUAUCGAGUUCGGCAGAUUUGAAUUGUCCAAAAAUACGUACAAGUUGCUUGCUAAACAUGUCGGCAUGAGCCAAAAUAGUGUCAGCCACUGGGCAUUAUGCGUGAUUGAUCGCGGCUUUAACCCUUCUUACUGUUACGACUUGAUGAGUGAUCAGAUGGCACUUAAUGCUAUUGGUAAAAGCUACUUUCGAGUAGCCGAGAUUACCCCAGAAUUCAUCCAAACAUGGAGCUCAUGUUAUUAUAUCGGAGAGACGACGAAAUCUCAUGAAGAAAUACAAAGAAUAGGAGCUGAUCACAUGUCGGUUCACCCACGAUACAACCUCUUAACAAGCAAUUGUCAGGACAUGGCAGAAAACCUUGUAAGAGAGUUAUGCGACGGCAAGAUAAUCAGUCAAGCCAAACUAAGCGAAGAGCUAUCAUUGGUGUCUCCGAAGAUAGCCCUGGACUUGAUGGUAGCGCGGUUGAGGUCCAAGAUAGAAGUUUUAGAUGAGCAUGAGGAUAGUGAUACUGUGAAAGCAGAUAUGGAUACUAUCAAAGGACUAUGGCAGAAAGUCCAUCGAUAAUCAAUAUUGGAUUUUUACUAAUAACGACUAGUAAGAUAGAGAAAUAUAUCAUACUAAAUAUCAUACUAAAUGUAUAACCUGUAGAGUAAAAAUAAGCAUGCA